CAUCUUUUAAUUAUUUCCAGAUUAUCCCCAGAGUUAAAAGGCUGUUCAGGUUGUAGACACAAUAUACUGAAAUAUGUCCGGCUACUGGAGACAUGGCCUUUGUGGAUGCUUUAACAACCUGGGGAUUUGUAUUAUAACCUAUUUCGUCCCUUGCUACACGAUAGGCAAGAACGCGGAGGCAGUCGACGAGAGUUGCUGUCUCUACUGUUGUAUAGGUGUGAUUGAGCCUUUUGGAACUUUCUUCCGAGCGAACACCAGAAGUAAGAUCAGGGAGAGGCAGGGUAUACCAGGUUCGUAUCUUGGCGACUGCCUUAUGCAUCUGUUCUGUCCAUUUUGUUCUCUUGUACAGGAGGCUCAGGAGGUGCAAGGCUGGGGGCAGCUUAUGAUGGUCCGAGAAUAAGACCAAGAUGGAGUGAAGCGACAAAAAGCUG